AUCAAGAAACAGAGAGAGAGAUAGAGAUCGAGAGACAGUGAGAGAGAGGGAGAGAGACAGAGAGGGAGACAGAGAGAGAGAGAGAGAGACGAUUUGGGAAAAGUGAGUGUCUCUCCACAGAAAGGAAGCCAUGUUCUCGGACGAAAGGAAGGAACCCGGGACCCCCAAGUUCGGGAAGCUGCAUAUCCCGUUCGGACUGUGGAUUAACUCUCCGAAAAAACACUUUGUCAAACUGGGCAAGAGAUGGCCCAGUGCUGGGUCUGUAAAGUCGACGAGCUCGGAGACGGGGAGCCGGACCAGCGAGACGGUGGAGCUGCGCCAGCCGGGCCGCGCCCGGUCCAGCCGGAGCAAGCGGGUAUCACAGAUCUUCGCGCGGCCCAGGUGGUCGAGCGAGCGGAAGCUGGCCGAGGCGGGGGAGGGGGGCGAGCGGGGGUCCUCGCCGGCCGAGGAGGAGGCGGAGGCGGCGGCGGCCCCGUCGCCGGGGGAGGAGGAGCUGUCGGUGCAGCCGGGGGCGCCGGGGGUGCUGAAGAUCUUCGGCGAGCACAUCUGCACUGGCGCCAACUACAAGAGCGUGCUGGCCACGGCUCGCUCCAGCGCCGGCGGCCUGGUCAAGGAGGUGCUGGCCCGUUAUGCCAUGUCCGACCAGCCCCCCUCCCGCUUCCUCCUGUGCGAGGUGCUGGGCCGGGCCGGCGGGCCGGCGGGGAACUGGCAGCCUCAGUGCCUGAGGGCGGUGGGAGACGCGGAGAGGCCACUGGUGCUGCAGGAGAUGUGGAGACCCAGGCGUGGGCUGGCUCGCCGCUUCGAGAUUCGGCGCCGCAGUCAGGUGGAGAGCAGCAGCUGGGCGGAGAGCGAGGACAACGUGACUGAAGGGAUCAACGCCCAGGCUCGAAGGCUCCAGCGCAGCCGGGCGCGGGUGUGCAGCGGAGAAGGGACGCCCCAGGCAGAAGCAGCCACCCUCCGGCGCAGCAUCAGCGAGGCCAACCUCAGCGGGCAGCGCAAGCGGGAGCGGAAGGGGGUGAAGAGCGUGCUGGUCCUGGACGGAGGGGCGGCCGCACAGGCUGACGCCAAGGAGGCCGACAACGGGCGUCAGGGUCUCACUUUCGAGAACGUGGCCCAGAGUCUCGUCCGGCCGCCAACCAACCUCCCCUACUUCCUGGUGCUGCAGGGACAUGAUCAGGAAAAGGAUCUGGUGCUGCACCUGAUGACCGGGAGUCGACACACCUUCGGCCGAGGAGGGGGGCCGCCCGGCCCGGAGCAAGCGGACACCCCUCUGUCCGCCCCCGACCUGCUGCCCGUACACUGCUGCGUGGCCCGGCCCCCGAGCGGCCCCGAGGGCCGGCGGGGCAACCGUCCGACCCCGACCCCGACCCCGACCCCGCCCCCGCCGCCGGCGGCCCGCGUGCGGCCCCUGGCCGGCGCCCGGGUCACCCUCAACGGGGGCCUGCUGCUGGGCGAGUCGGAGCUGCGCUCGGGGGACCUGCUCGGCCUCGGCGACCACUACCUGCUGAUGUACCGCGAGCCGGGCCUGGCCGGCUCCGGCCGGCCCUCCUGGCUACCCUCCCCGGUCCCGGUCCCGGCCCCGCCCCCGGCCCCGCCCCCGGCCCCGCCCCCGGCCACGCCCCCGGGCCCGACCACGCCCCCGAACCCGGGCCCGGCCCCGCCCCCGCCCCGGGCCUUCCCCUUCUUCUCCUGCCUGCUGUGCGGCCGGGCCCUGCCGGAGGAGGGCGAGGCCCAGCGGGCCUACCUGAGCAGCCGCCAGCCCCUGCUGAGGUUCAGGCCCGAGGCCGACGAGGAGGAGGCCCUGCUGGCGGAGAUCGCCCGGGGGGCCGAGGUGGGCGGGGCCGGCGGGGGCGGGGCCGGCGGGGGCGGGGGCGGGGCCGGGGCCUACAACCUGGCUCCGGCCUACCUCUUCGCCAUCUGCCUCCAGUCCACCGCCACCGCCAACGCCGCCGGCGGCCUGGGGCCCGGACAGAUGACCGCCCUGCUGACCCGGACAGCCAACGUGGUCAAGAGGACGGCCUGG